AUGACCGAGGUUGCGCCGGCCGCCGCCGAGGUCCGCGUGUCCCUGGGCGCGGCGCCCCCCGGCCCGGCGGGCGUGGGCGCGCCGGGGGCAGAGGCGCGGCGGGGCGCGGGCCCGGGACCCCGCCCCGAGAGCCCGGCGAGCGCGCGCGGCGCGGACGAGGCGCGGCCGGCCCCGUACCCCGCGCUGGCGGCCACCGUCUUCUUCUGCCUCGGGCAGACCACGCGGCCGCGCAGCUGGUGCCUGCGCCUCGUGUGCCACCCCUGGUUCGAGCACGUCAGCAUGCUGGUCAUCAUGCUCAACUGCGUGACCCUCGGCAUGUUCCGGCCCUGCGAGGACGUGGAGUGCCGCUCUGAGCGCUGCAGCAUCCUGGAGGCCUUCGACGACUUCAUCUUCGCCUUCUUCGCCGUGGAGAUGGUCAUCAAGAUGGUGGCUCUGGGGCUGUUCGGCCGGAAGUGCUACCUGGGCGACACCUGGAACCGGCUGGACUUCUUCAUCGUCAUGGCGGGCAUGAUGGAGUACUCGCUGGACGGACACAACGUCAGCCUCUCGGCCAUCAGGACCGUGCGCGUGCUGCGGCCGCUCCGCGCCAUCAACCGUGUGCCCAGCAUGCGCAUCCUGGUCACGCUGCUGCUGGACACGCUGCCCAUGCUGGGGAACGUCCUCCUGCUGUGCUUCUUCGUUUUCUUCAUCUUCGGCAUCGUGGGCGUCCAGCUCUGGGCGGGCCUGCUGCGCAACCGCUGCUUCCUGGACAGCACCUUCGCCAGGAACGGCAACCUGAGCUUCCUGCGGCCGUACUACCAGCCCGACGAGGGCGAGGAGCACCCGUUCAUCUGCUCGGCGCGCCGCGACAACGGCAUGCGGCGCUGCUCGCACAUCCCCAGCCGGCGCGAGCUGCGCGUGGAGUGCACGCUGGGCUGGGAGGCCUUCGCGCGGCCGGCCGCCGCCAACGCCUGCGUCAACUGGAACCAGUACUACCGCGAGUGCCGCUCGGGCGCCGCCAACCCGCACGGCGGCGCCAUCAACUUCGACAACAUCGGCUACGCCUGGAUCGCCAUCUUCCAGGUGAUCACGCUGGAGGGCUGGGUGGACAUCAUGUACUACGUCAUGGACGCGCACUCCUUCUACAACUUCAUCUACUUCAUCCUGCUCAUCAUCGUGGGCUCCUUCUUCAUGAUCAACCUGUGCCUGGUGGUGAUCGCCACGCAGUUCUCGGAGACCAAGCAGCGGGAGAACCAGCUGAUGCGGGAGCAGCGCGCCCGCUAUCUGUCCAGUGACAGCACGCUGGCCAGCUUCUCAGAGCCGGGCAGCUGCUACGAGGAGCUCCUCAAGUACGUGGGCCACGUGUGCCGCAAGGCCCAGCGCCGCGGCCUGCGCCUCUACGCCCGCUGGCAGGGCCGCUGGCGCCAGAAGGUGGAGCCGGGCAGCGGGCCGCAGGGCCAGGGCGCUGGGCGGCGCACGGCCUCCGUGCACCAUCUGGUCUAUCAUCACCACCACCACCACCACCACCACUACCACUUCAGCCCCGGCACGCCCGGCGCCACCCGCGACUCCCGGCUGGUGCGGGCCGGCGUGCCACCCUCCCCGCCCUCGCCAGGCCCCGGGCCGCCGGACGCCGAGUCCGUGCACAGCGUGUACCACGCCGACUGCCAUGUGGAGGGGCCGCAGGAAAGGGCCCGGGCCGCGCGCGCUGCCGCCAGCCUCAAGGUGGCCGCAGGCCUGGGUGCCAUGAACUACCCCACCAUCCUGCCCUCAGGGGCGGGCAGCAGCAAGGCUGGCCCCGGGCCCCAGGGCAGGCGGCCCCACGGAGGCCACAGUCCCCUGAGCCUGGGCGGCCCCGACCCUUACGAGAAGAUCCAGCACCUGGUCGGGGAGCACGGCCUGGGCCCAGCCCCCAACCGCCUCUCCGGCCUGAGCGUGCCCUGCCCGCUGCCCAGCCCACAAGCAGGUACGCUGACUUGCGAGCUUGCGCACUGCCCCUACUGCGCCAGCGCCCUGGGCGACCCCGGGCUGGAGCUCAGCAGCUCGGAGAGCGGUGACUCUGCUGGAGAUGGGGUGUACGAAUUCACGCAGGACGUGCGGCACGGGGACCGCCGCGACCCCGUGCAGCCACCCCCAGAGGCCGGGCCGGGCCAGGCUGGGGCGCGGCGGCGGGCGCCGGCGGGGCCGGGCCACAUGUGGACGGGCCUUCGUGCCCGGCUGCGGCGCAUCGUGGAGAGCAAGUACUUCAAUCGCGGCAUCAUGGUGGCCAUCCUCACCAACACGCUGAGCAUGGGUGUGGAGUACCACGAGCAGCCGGACGAGCUGACCAGCGCCUUGGAGAUCAGCAACGUGGUGUUCACCAGCAUGUUUGCCCUGGAGAUGCUGCUGAAGCUGCUGGCCUGCGGGCCACUGGGCUACAUCCGGAGCCCCUACAACAUCUUCGAUGGCGUCAUUGUGGUCAUCAGCGUCUGGGAGAUCGUGGGCCAGGCAGAUGGCGGGCUGUCGGUGCUGCGGACCUUCCGGCUGCUGCGGGUGCUGAAGCUGGUGCGCUUCCUGCCCGCGCUGCGGCGCCAGCUGCUGGUGCUCGUGAAGACCAUGGACAACGUGGCCACCUUCUGCAUGCUGCUCAUGCUCUUCAUCUUCAUCUUCAGCAUCCUGGGCAUGCACCUCUUUGGAUGCAAGUUCAGCCUGAAGACAGACACGGGGGACACGGUCCCCGACAGGAAGAACUUCGACUCCCUGCUGUGGGCCAUCGUCACCGUGUUCCAGAUCCUCACGCAGGAGGACUGGAACGUGGUGCUGUACAACGGCAUGGCCUCCACCUCGUCCUGGGCCGCGCUCUACUUCGUGGCGCUCAUGACCUUCGGCAACUACGUGCUUUUCAACCUGUUGGUGGCCAUCCUGGUGGAGGGCUUCCAGGCGGAGGGCGACGCCCACAGGUCCGACGCGGACGAGGACAAGACAUCCAUCCGCUUGGAGGAGGAUUUCGACAAGUUCAGAGACCUCCGGGCUGCAGACAUGAAGAUGUACCUGCUGGCAGAGACCCCCAACGGGCACCUGGAGGGCCGGGGCAGCCUGCCCCCACCACUGAUCAUGCGCACGGCGGCCACGCCCAUGCCCACCCCCAAGAGCUCCCCGCACCUGGACAUGGCACUCGGCCUCCCGGACUCCCGGCGAGGGAGCAGCAGCUCCGUGGACCCCCAGCUGGGGGACCAGAAGUCUCUGUCCAGCCACCGCAGCUCGCCCUGUGCCCACUGGGGCGGCAGCAGCGCCUGGAGCAGCCGCCGCUCGAGCUGGAACAGCCUGGGCCGCGCGCCCAGCCUCAAGCGCCGCAGCCAGCGCGGGGAGCGCGAGUCGCUGCUGUCGGGCGAGGGCAGGGGCAGCACGGACGAUGAGACGGAGGACGGCCGGCCGGGUGCCUCUCCCGGGCCACGGGAGUCCCCGCUGCGGCGGGCCGAGUCUCUGGACCCCCGCAGCGCCCUGGACCCGCGCCCCCCGCGGCCCGCCGCGCUGCUGCCGGCCAGGCUCGCCGACGGCAAGGCCCCGGGGCUGGCGCUGCCGCGGGAGUUCUUCCUGCGCAUCGACAGCCACAAGGAGGACCCGGCCGACCUGGACGAGGACCUGGAGGAUAGCUGCUGCUGCCGCCUGCGCAAAAUACUGGAGCCCUACGAGCCCGCGUGGUGCCGCAGUCGCGAGGCCUGGGCGCUCUACCUGUUCUCGCCGCAGAACCGGUUGCGCGUCUGCUGCCAGAAGGUCAUCGCCCACAAGAUGUUCGACCACGUGGUCCUCGUCUUCAUCUUCCUCAACUGCAUCACCAUCGCCCUGGAGAGGCCGGACAUCGACCCUGGCAGCACCGAGCGCGUGUUCCUCAGCGUCUCCAACUACGUCUUCACGGCGAUCUUCGUGGCCGAGAUGAUGAUGAAGGUGGUGGCCCUGGGCCUGGUGUCCGGCGAGCACGCUUACCUGCAGAGCAGCUGGAACGUGCUGGACGGGUUGCUGGUCUUGGUGUCCCUUGUGGACAUCGUCGUGGCCAUGGCCUCGGCGGGGGGAGCCAAGAUUUUGGGCAUCCUGCGGGUGUUGCGGCUGCUGCGGACGCUCCGGCCGCUGAGGGUGAUCAGCCGGGCUCCGGGACUCAAGCUGGUGGUGGAGACUCUGAUAUCUUCGCUCAGGCCCAUCGGAAACAUCGUCCUUAUCUGCUGUGCCUUCUUUAUCAUCUUCGGCAUCCUGGGGGUGCAGCUCUUCAAGGGGAAGUUCUACCACUGCGACGGCGCGGACACCAGGAACGUGUCCACCAAGGCCGAGUGCCUCGCCGCUGGCUACCGCUGGGUGCGGCGCAAGUACAACUUCGACAACCUGGGCCAGGCCCUGAUGUCGCUCUUCGUGCUCUCCUCCAAGGACGGCUGGGUGAGCAUCAUGUACGACGGGCUGGACGCCGUGGGCGUGGACCAGCAGCCCGUGCCCAACCACAACCCCUGGAUGCUGCUCUACUUCAUCUCCUUCCUGCUCAUCGUCAGCUUCUUCGUGCUCAACAUGUUCGUGGGCGUGGUGGUGGAGAACUUCCACAAGUGCCGGCAGCACCAGGAGGCCGAGGAGGCGCGGCGGCGCGAGGAGAAGCGGCUGCGGCGCCUGGAGCGCAGGCGCAGGAGCACUUUCCCCAACCCAGAGGCCCAGCGCCGGCCCUACUACGCGGACUACCCGCCUGCCCGCCGCUCCGUCCACUCGCUGUGCACCAGCCACUACCUGGACCUCUUCAUCACCUUCGUCAUCGGCCUCAACGUCAUCACCAUGUCCAUGGAGCACUACAACCAGCCCAAGUCUCUGGACGAGGCCCUCAAGUACUGCAACUACGUGUUCACCGUCGUCUUCGUCAUCGAGGCGGUGCUGAAGCUCGUGGCGUUUGGGGUCAGGAGGUUCUUCAAGGACAGGUGGAACCAGCUGGACCUGGCCAUUGUGCUGCUGUCGAUCAUGGGCAUCACGCUGGAGGAGAUCGAGAUGAGCGCCGCGCUGCCCAUCAACCCCACCAUCAUCCGCAUCAUGCGGGUGCUCCGAAUCGCCAGAGUGCUGAAGCUGCUGAAGAUGGCCACGGGCAUGCGGGCCCUGCUGGACACUGUGGUGCAGGCGCUGCCCCAGGUGGGAAACCUCGGUCUCCUUUUCAUGCUCCUGUUUUUCAUCUAUGCUGCCCUGGGAGUGGAGCUGUUUGGGAGGCUCGAGUGCAGCGAGGACAACCCCUGCGAGGGCCUGAGCCGGCACGCCACCUUCACCAACUUCGGCAUGGCCUUCCUCACCCUGUUCCGCGUGUCCACGGGCGACAACUGGAACGGCAUCAUGAAGGACACGCUGCGGGAGUGCGCCCACGAGGACAAGCACUGCCUGAGCUACCUGCCGGCCAUCUCGCCCGUCUACUUCGUGACCUUCGUGCUGGUGGCGCAGUUCGUGCUGGUCAACGUGGUGGUGGCCGUGCUCAUGAAGCACCUGGAGGAGAGCAACAAGGAGGCGCGGGAGGACGCCGAGCUGGACGCGGAGCUGGAGCUGGAGCUGGCGGAGGGGCACCCCGCCCGCCCCCCGCCCGCGGCCCCCGGGAGCCCCGACGCGCCCAGCCUCCUGGUGGUGCGGAAGGUGUCGGUGUCCCGCAUGCUCUCCCUGCCCAACGACAGCUACAUGUUCCGGCCGGUGGCCCCCGCCUCGGCCGCUCCGGCCCCGCUGCUGCAGGAGGUGGAGCUGGAGGCCUGCGCUGCCCGCACCCCCUCGGGACCUGCCGCUGCGGCACCCCCGCCGCCCUCGCAGCCCUGCGCCCCGCUCCAGCUCCCCUCGGCCACUUCCUCCCCAGCCAGGGGCGGGGACACCCUCCAGGCCCUGUGCCCCCGGGCUGCCGCCCGCUCCCCCAGCCUCAGCCGGCCGCUCUGCAGACAGGAGGCCCUGUGCGCCGACUCUCUGGAAGGACAGAUGGACAGCCCCGGGGACAGCAGCCCAGGCUGGGGGGAGCUUGGCGGGAAGGUCCCCGUGAAGCAGUUGACCCUGGGGUCCUCCCUGCGGUCCCCACCCCGCUCCCCGAGGCCGGCCGGCGUCCGCACCCGCAAGCACACGCUCGGACAGCUGUGCGCCCCGGGCCAGGGGCCGGCCCUCGACGGGGGGGAUGCCGACACCCCCGACCCGGCCGACGAGGAGGUCAGCCACAUCACCAGCUCCGCCUGUGGCCCCUCGGCCUCCCCUACUGCCCACGGGCUGGCGGGUGGCGAGGUGGACCCACACGGGCUCCACGGCGUGGAAGCCCGGGACUUCCUGGACCUGCCCGGCCACGCCGAGGAGCAGAGGCGGCCGCUGGGGGAGCCGGGGGCUGGGGGCGGCCGCGGGGAGGCCGAGGGGAAGGCCUGGGCGCAGGAGGCCGACCUGGCCCUGGGGGCCCGCCGCAAGAAGAAGAUGAGCCCCCCGUGCAUCUCCGUCGACCCCCCCGUGGAGGAGGAGGGCGCGGCCAGGCCCCCUGCCUCGGAGGGCGGCAGCACCAUCCUGAGACGCAGGACGCCGUCCUGUGAGGCAGCGCCCCACCGGGACCCCCAGGAGCCCGCUGAGGGCCUAGGGGCGGAGCCUGCUGCCAAAGGGGAGCGGCGCAGCCAGGCCCCCUGCCGCACGGAGCACCUGACCCUGCCCAGCUUCGCCUUUGAGCCGCUGGAUGUGGGGGGCCCUGGCGGGGCCUUCUUCUCGAACAGCGUCCAGGGCACAGGCCCAGAAACCAGAGCCCCCUCCCCUGGGGCCUCGGCGCCCCCAGAAGCGCCCCACGUGGAGCCUCCUGUGUCCUCUGGCACGCUGCCAGAGAAGGGGUGGGGGCUGCACCUCACAGUUCCUCAGAGUCCCCCAAAGAAAGCAGGCUCCCCACAGGCCCCCCCUGCCCUGGAUGACAGUGCGGACAAGCCGGUGUAGCUUGGGGUGCGGUGCCACACAGGCUUUGGUGGCGGUGCUGGGGCACCCAAUGGGGUGGGGGCCCCUUGCGAGGCCCUACUUGGACGCGGCUCGGGCAAGCCCCCCCAGGGACAGCCGGCGCAGGCGGGGCCGGCUGGGAAGGGGCC